AUGACUCUUGUCAACUCCAAUGUAUUCUCACUGGAAUAUCUUCGAACAAUAGUUUCUCAAGACAUAGCUGCAGCAUUGAGUCAUUUUAAGACUCUUAAACCAGUGAUGCAAAAAUAUGUAUACAACGAUGGAGUUACCAAGGAUUUGAUGUGUCUAUCCGGAACAAUUUCUACAAUAUUUAAUGACAACACAUACAACAUCCCUGUGUCUGUAUGGCUCGAGGAAAGCUAUCCACAAAGUUGUCCGAUUGUGUACAUUGACCCUACCAAAGAAAUGAUGAUUAUUAAACAAAGAUUUAUCUCAAGUAAUGGGGAAGUCCUACUACCAUAUUUAGAAGAGUGGAAGCAAGGUGAAUGUGAUCUGCUCGGCUUGUUACAGGUGAUGGCUGCAAUGUUUGGGGAUUGUCCACCUGUUUGCAUGAAGCCACUUACAGAGCCUGAGCAGGCACUAUGUUGGUUGCAGUUCCACAGAGAGUAUGACAUUCAUUACAGACCAGAUGGAAGUUCAUAUUUGUCUGUGUCUAAAGAUAAUGGGAAAGAUAAUGAAACCAACUGCUAG